UCGAUCGAACAUUUUCGGACAUGAUUGCAGUGACAAAUAUACUUUAUGGAACAAUUUAACUAUGGAUCAAACAUUUUUUAACAAUUGAAUUUGAGAUAGAAAUUUCGGGCUGGAGAAAACAAUCGUAGAUUGAUUUUAACAGGUUGUUACAAAGAUGGGUAGGUGUCUUCCGUUUCUGCUGCUGGUGCUUGUGACUGUGUUUGGCGGCCGCUCAGCCAUAUCCAUCUUGGACUUAGUAGCAAUCAACUCUACUUCCAUCACCGGUGUAAUCAAUUCUACUGAUGACCUCGCAUAUGUGAACUAUACGCUUGACUUCCUUGCUGAUUCUGGAUCGCUUGAUACAUACAACUACCUUGUUGGCACGGCAACCCAUGCAGGCGAAGAGGUCACGGUCAACUAUGCCGAGAGUUAUGGUCCACCAAUAUUGGAUGGUCCGACCAUGAGGUUCGCCCAUUCUAUUCAGAGUACUGGUCGAACAACAAGCGAUGGUGAUGACAUAUUUGAGCUGAGCUGGUAUGUGGCGAAUCUCCCAGGUAGUUUAGAUGCUGGCAAUGUGGAAAUAGCGUGUUUCCUGGAUGCUGGCCUUAAACUUAAUCUGCCUAAGCUUAGUUCUUCAAUAUCUGCGGGCAAUUACUCUGUCAAUUCUAAACGCAAUUUUAUCGUUUGGUACGUUGGAAAUAUGACAGCUGGCUACAAUUUAACUGCAAAUGGCACUGCCGAUGUGUUUAGAGAGGACAUGCAAGAUGGCCACAAUUUAUUCCCGUGUUACCUUACAUACACCAACACAACAGACCCUAAUUCCCAGGAAUUUGGUCCAUUAACAGCCGAAGUGUGCAUAGAUGCCAAUAUUGAAACCAAUCAGAGUAUACUAUACCAGCAUGGAUUUACAGCUCUGGCGUUCUUUAUGGCGUUAAUUCUGGGCGUAUUACUGGUCUGCCUGGUGUUCUUCAUCUACCAUUUUAUGCGCAGGAAAAAGUCAGUCUCGCCAUCAAAAGCCAACGGGGAAGCCAUGAUGGUGAAGAGGGGAAAAACUAUCAUGAUGGAUGAAAAUGAGGCUUUCAAGAAACAGGGGCACACCAUAAAUGACUACAGUGUGAUAGGGGAGGGGGACUCAAUUGUUGGUGUUCUCGGCAUGAAGGACAAAAUGCAGAUGCAUCGAGAAAUCGACAGCCUCGAUAUCGUUAACACCGUCAAUAUCGAUACUGGCCUGGAGAAGGAGAGAAAUGAUGCCUCCGUGGCAACUACAGAACUUCUUAUCACAGGUCUACACAGCAACAAGGACAUCAACAAGUCAGUUAUGGACAACGCCAUCUCAAACCUGCGUUCCCGACGUAAACACCUGGACAACCAGCAAGAUGAGGACUAUAAACGUGAAAUGAAGAAACUCUACAAGAAAAUCAGCGCUAAAAACAGGGCGAUGAUGAACAACCUCCUGCAGAAACAACGGGAAGAGAAGAAAGAACUUGUCAGCAACACACAAGAUCUUCCUGCUAAGGAGCGUAAUGAGAUGAUCAAGUUGAUGAACGAGCAGCACCUGUCAGAGCAGAACGCGGAGACGUAUAGACUUAAACUGGAGCAGGAUGAGGAGACAGAGAAACUCCGCAAGGAGUAUGCAAUCCGAGGACGUAUGGGCCUGAAAGAGUUACAGCUGCAGGCACUGACGGACGUACGGACACAGGGAAAUCUAUCGGACCCCCAGGUAAAAUGGCUACUUAGUGAACACCAGAAGACCCAGAAAUCACUCGAGGCGAUGUACGACGAUGAGAUUUCACGACAGAGGAUGAAUUUGGAGGAGAAAUUGGCACGUCGGAAAGCUUUAGCUCAGGAAGCGGAAACCCAAGAAGAAGACACAGACGACCUUCUGAACACCGUGGCUGGGCAGCAGAUGUCAGCCAUCGAAAAAAUGAGGAAGGGUAAAGCCAUAUCCUCAGCUGAUGCAAACGUCCUUAUUGACCAAUCGAAGCAGGAGAUGAUUGCAAUUAAGAACAAGAUGGAGAGCAACCGUAGCAAACAGGAAAAUGAGCUUCACAAGCGUCUUAGUGACCUGAAGAAAAAGCGUCUCUCUGACCUAUCGAAGGAACACAUUGGGGAAAUUAAUGAGUAUGACAGGAAGUGUAAAGAGAUGCAGACAGACGGACCCGUAGAUCCGCUGACAUAUGCUGAUGGAAGGUUGAAGCUAUUGUCACAGCAGAGAGUGGAGCGUAACAAUUUGGAGAACGAGAUUGACACCAGUAACACACAAGAGCUUACAAAGAUGCGAAGUGAGAUGUGCACUCAGACGGAACAAGAGUUACGACAUGUUGCCGAUCAUCUGAAAGAAAAACUUGACCCUGACCACCAAUCUCAACUUGACCAGUUGCUCAGAGACCAUGAAAGAGAGACGGCAGCUCUGCAGGUCAGUCAGGAGAAGAACAGGCAGAAAAUGAUGAGAAAACUGCAGGAUCGUCUAGAGGAGAGUCGAGAACAAUGGAGCCAGCGCAAAGAGGCUGAGAAAAUGGAGCAGGAACAACUCAGGGAAUAUGAGGACAAUGUUGUCAGUAAGCUGGUGAACAGUCAGGUAUCAAUGUCAGAUGAUGAGAGGGCACGAAUCAUGAAAGAGCACGAGAAACAGAUGGUCCAACUAGAAAAUAGUUUGACACUGAACAAGCUGCGUCAGAAGCGUAUGAUAGAAGACAAGAUUGCUCAGCGUCGGGCCGCACAGAUGGAGAAACUUGGCCUUAAACAACACAAGGAGAAAGAGGCUCAGCGUCGAAAGAUGGAGAACAACGCGGAGGAAUCUGAUGAUGAAGAUGCCCAGCGUAAGAAACUUGAACUGAUGAAGGAGCAUGUGGAACAAAAGAUGGCCGUCCUUCAGGGACGCAAGAUGGACUGGGACACAGAAUUAGAGUCGAUCCGGGUAGAAAUGCUGAAGGAGAGAUCUGCAGCCCUCAAGGAUCAGGAGGAAAAACUGGGAGCUCUUGUGGCAGGACUUCAAUUGUCCAAGGCUAAAGAGCUUGCAAAGAUCGAAGAACAGCAGAGAGCGAUCCACAACCUGAAGACUAACCUGAUAGAUGACUUGAACUCUCGAGGAGUGUUGACUGAUCCGGAGACACAGGCUGUGAUUAAACGACAUCAAGAGGAACAAGAAGUUUUGAACCAAAGGCUGGAUGGUCAGAGACUGCAGCAAGAACAGAUUCUACGUCAAAAGCUCCAAAUGCGACUUCAGCAGAGGGAAAAAUCGAUGGUACAAAAACAAGAUGAGGAGCUGAAAAUGCUGGUGGCCCCAAAUAAGACCGCUGCCAAGAUUAAGAAGAUGCUUAUGAUCCAUAACCAUAUGGUGGCAAUGGAGAAAAUGAGGAACCAGCUAGAACGGGAGAUCAGUCAGACCCUUGAGCAGGUGCGGUAUGAGUAUGAGGUGUGCAAACGACGUGCCAUUCAGGACCAGGAAAUGGAGUUUAUUGCGGGCCUGACGCGAGUAGGCACAAUACCGAAGGAAGAACUGGAGUCUGUGAUACAGACACUGUACCCUGGCAAGUCUGAGCAAGAGCUUCAAGAAAUACUCAACAAGAUUUUCGACCCGAAACUGCAGACUAACAAACCACCAAUGGAUCAUGCACAGGCGAGCCACCUUUUGAGUCGAGUGAAGAAUUCUCAAGCCAACCCGCCGCCCUUUCUGCGCCGAACUUCAUCCAUCAGCCAGCAAAGCCUUACAGUAACAGCAAGGGAGAUAACUGUUCAUGAAGCAGAGUCGCCCCGUAAGCCGAGAAAACAGCGAAGCAAUGACCAAUUCAACCCUGGUCUAGAACAACAACAGCAUUAUGAUAUGGAUCAUUACGAGGAUAAUUCCCGCUUCCGCCCGAGCAGUCGCCAGUUUGAAGAUCAACCUCGAUUCCCUCAUCCUGCAGCUAGAAGAUCACUUGGCAAUUCAACAGGUUUCAGCGUAGAAGAUCGCCAAUCUUAUGAUCAAGCACCCCACCCACUUGAAGAAAGCUAUUCAUCUACUCGUCAAAAUGGUUACGCCAACAGGCAACCAGUCGUUGAAGAAGACAAUGACAUUGCCACGGCAAUGUAUGUCUCGGGCGACCAACGGCAACCCCCUUCGAAAUUACCUCCCCUUGAACCUACUGGCAGGAGGAAAAAGAAGAAAAAGAAAUUUUUAAAGAAAGUUGCUCAAGAUUCACCCAGACAUCAUGAUGAUGAUGAUGACUUUUAGCUCAUUUACCGAAUUGUAGAUUAAUUCAUCGAUGAAUAUUAAAAUAUUUUUGUAUGACAUGAACUAUAUUUGACCUUUAUAUAGUGUAGUUUAGCCAAACUCAAUAAUAUCUUCCGUCCAUGAAUACUCAAGUGAUUUUUAAGUCUUUUACAUUUUUGUCUUUAAAAAAACAACACGAGUACAUUGAAAUUGUGUAUAGAGUGGUUGUUAUACAUGUUAUCAUUUUAUCACUCACUGGUUGAAAUACCCAAAAUUGUUUCAUUAUUCUGUCAUACCAAAAGUAAGUAAAUAUGACUUGAAAAAUGAAAAUUUACUGAAAUAAUUUAUAAGCGGAAAAAUAAACUAUAUGACAAUUUUUUUACAAAUUACAGGGAAGAUAUUUAACCCGGAUUACAUGUACAUUUAAGUGCAAAAUUUAUUAGAUGUUAUCCAUUUUACUUGUAUGAGUAGAUUUUAGCCUUAGUGAGUGACCAAUACCUGCAGUUUAAAACAAUUACAUCACCAAUUCACCAUGUAUCUUACAGAUUCGUGUUAAGUCUUUUACACUGUGGGCCGAUUGUUUAGAACGUUGGUAAAGUUAAAAACAUGAUUAAGGACAUAGUUGUUAACUUAAAAAGGUGAAAUAUUUAAUGAUGUACUCAUUUAUUUUCAUAAUUAACAAGUACAGCUGAAAAAGUUGUCACAAAUCUUUUUAGAAAUACUGCAGAUCAUAAGUGUAUCCGUGAAACGUCCAGGGUAGCAAAGAUUUGAAAGUUAACAAUGAUGAUGUUAACAACGUCAUUAACUUUUAAAAAAGUACUGAACAAUUGGGCCAGUGUGUUAUUUCUUAUUUGUUAUUGAUAUUAUUCAUUAUGCAUCUUAUUCUGUUGUUGUUAAUCUUAGUUUUAAAAGGAUCUUUUAUAUAUUUACCAUAUUAUACCAGUAAACCUAUACAUACAUGUACUUGAUAAAUGGAGCCUUUUCAUCACUCCAUUUCUUACCAAUCAUGACUUGUUUUAAUUAUACUCAUUACACUCUUGUUCUUAAAUUUUUCAAUACCAGUAAAUUUUGAUUCUUGAUUAUACAUUUUACUAACAGCACUGUGAAUUAAGAUUUAUAUUAAUAAUGAUCAUUUUGCUGUACAGAAAACCAUUUCUCACCGACACCAAAAUAAACAUUGUGUUGAAUGAAUUACAAGCACAUUCCUUUUUUUAUACAGUUGAACUAUUUUGCUCAUUUUUUUUAUAUUUUUGUAUUAAAGUAUUAUCCUAGCCUUGGGUUCAUCUCUCAAAUGUAAAAAUGUGAAUUUAGACAAUAACUUGAUUAGAUACCACAGUAUGUUUACAUGUUACCACAGUAUGUUUACAUGCUACCACAGUAUGUUUACAUGUUACCUGUGAUAAAUAAUGCGCAUGUGUAGCAAUUCCAAAGACUCUUAAAUAACUUUAUUUUUUUUAUUAUUUAUUUACUUUCAUUGACAAAAAUAGAUGAGCUUGAGAUUGGGUUGUUUAACAGUUAUUGUGAUAUUUUUAUUUUUUUAAGUUUCUUUUAAAUGUUGUCUUCAUGUUGUGCCAAAGGUGCAGAUAUGAUUUUUUUGGUUCUUCAGAAAACUGAUUGUUUUUACACACAAUUUAUUACUUUACUUUUAUAUGUUAACCAUUGUUAAAUGUACUAGUUUGGUGAAAUGUGCUUAUGUAUCUGUGAUAAGUUUUAUCAGGGCUGUUUCACUUGGUAACUAGUUUAGUAGAAAAGAAUAGCUUUUUUUCUCUAUUCACAUGUUUCUAUCUAUUCUGUUAAAUUUUUAUACACAAGUAUAAUAAAUGAAAAAAAUAAUAAAGUAGAUUCUCAGAG